CACAGCGGGGCCGGGCCGGGCGUGAUGGCGGCGGGACGCGGCGGGCACUGGCAGGGAGUGACGGUCGCGCUCCUCUUCCUCGGUGUGCUGACGCCGGCGGGCGCCGCCUCAGCUGCCGCUCUGCCUGUAGUCAUCAACACCUGGGCGUUUAGGACGGCCGCAGAGACAGCUUGGAGAGUAUUGGAGUCGGGAGGUUCAGAGCUGGAUGCAGUCGAGAGAGGCUGUGGUCAAUGUGAGAUCGAUCAGUGCGAUGGGAGCGUGGGAUACGGUGGAAGCCCAGAUGAAAGUGGAGAAACAACUCUGGAUGCAAUGAUUAUGGAUGGCAACACUAUGGAAGUUGGGGCUGUUGCGGAUCUCAGGCGUGUGAAAAAUGCGAUUGGUGUAGCACGAAAGGUCAUUGAAUACACUAAGCAUACAUUACUAGUGGGAGAGUCAGCCUCCCUGUUUGCUGUCAGAAUGGGGUUUCCAUAUGAAGAUUUAACUACCCAGAAAUCCCUUUCACUGUAUUCAGAGUGGCUUAAUCAAAGCUGUCAGCCAAACUACUGGAAGAAUGUGGUGCCAGACUCUUCAAAAUCCUGUGGACCGUAUAAACGGCGUGAAGAAGUAACUCAUAAAGAAGAACAGACCAGCUCACAAAGAAGUGUUCAUAACCAUGAUACUAUUGGUAUGGUUGUAAUUGGUGUGAGUGGAGCCGUUGCUUCUGGGACAUCUACUAAUGGUGCAAUCCACAAACUUCCAGGCCGUGUGGGAGAUUCUCCAAUAGCUGGAGCGGGAUCCUAUGCGGAUAGUACAGCCGGAGGAGCUGCAGCCACUGGGGAUGGUGACAUCAUGAUGCGCUUCUUACCCAGUUACCAAGCUGUGGAAUAUAUGAGGAUGGGAACAGACCCAACAGUAGCCUGUCAGAAAGUUAUUUCCAGAAUCCGGAAGUAUGCUCCAAAGUUCUUUGGUGCUAUCAUUUGUGCCAAUACAACUGGAAGUUAUGGUGCUGCAUGUAAUAAAAUUCCAGGAUUCACUCAGUUUCACUUCAUGGUUUCAAACCCUUUGCUAAGUCGACCAACUGAGCAAGUAGUAGACUGCAUUUAAUUUCUUUUAUCCUGUUAGCAUCUCAACUUAAAAGAGGACAGUGCUAAGUUCCACCAGCUAUUACUUCUUGAAAUGGUUGUUUCUAGCAUUUAAUGGCUAUUGUGGCCUGCUUGUUUUCCUAAGAAGUGAGUACCCAGAAGUGAUGAAUACUAACCAUUGAACAGGCCCUUUGUCUUGCCAUUUAAAUAUAUAUUUGUCAGACAUUUGGAAUAACAGGCUGGAAGUGGAGCUAUGACUCUACACAUAAAACUUAUAUUGAGAAUAUUUAAUUGUCUUUCUAAGAUUUAGUCCAGGUUUUCUUUUAUCUUGAAAAGGAAAUUGCAUGAAAAUGCUGACACGCAAGGAAAGAGGCUUGAGGAGUAGUGGAGACUAUUUCAAAGCUUUAAUGAAGAGAUAAGAAGUCCUUAUGGACCAUUCUAAGUUGUUCCACAACAGCUGAGAAAGCAUCCCUGGUAGUACAAACCUUCAAGGAAUUUUGGUUGACUGACUGGAUGUGAAGACAAUUGGAAAUCAUCCUGUUACCUGUUUUUUGUAGUGGAAGUUAAGUUAGGAACCAUAAUGACAGUGAUUUCUUUGUCAGUAAUAUGCUGUGCACUCACCCUGUCCUACAGCACAUGAACCUCUACCAAGGAGCAGUUGAAUGCCUAGAGUGUGACAGUUACCUGUAGCUUUGGGUUUUGUCACUUUCUGUGUCUAGAUACACCAGGAUUCAUUUGUAAUAGGACUUUAGCAUCAUGAGGAUUAUUCCACAGGUAUUUGAAGAUCUCUUUGAUCAUUGUCUUCAAUUAAAUUGGUGGCUUGCUGAUUGAAUCUCUACUAAACUUGAGCUAGAGAAUGGCAAAAGAGGAGACAAGUAAGAAGAGUGUGUCUUGUCACUUUAAUUAUUCUGUCUACUUAAAAUCAUUGGGUAAUAAAAUCACACAUUAAUGUAUUAAUAAAAUCGUUUAGAUGCUUGUGUACUGUGUCUUAAAUUAAUUGUUGCUUUAUGUUUCAAGGUGGUAUCUUUAAAAGCUGGAAAUAAACCAUUCAA